AGUACAAGUAGGAACAACAUGGCCGAUUCCGUGGUGGAUCAGGCGGACCUUUGUUUUGAAUCGAUAUAAUUACCCAAGAUGAAUCGAAAAGACUUUUACUUUUCGAUGGUGCGAUCGAGACUAGGUAGUGAUAGCUCUAGAUGAGCUCGAUCAAUUUCAAUAAGAACCAUGUUCAUCGUUUAAGUCAAAAUGUCAAUGUUGUAUUGUAGAAAUGGAGCUUCGAGUAAAUCGUUGUUAAAAUCAGCAUGUGCAAGUUAUUUUCUCCAUUUAAAUGCUCAGCAUACAAUGUAAUAUAAUCGAAUGUUUAUAUAUUUAUAUUGUGAGCUGUGAUAUGGAUGCAGACAUAUUAAGGACAAUAUUGAGGAGCUUCGGUGAUGCAAAGAAUAUUACCGAGUCUGAGGAUUACAAAAACAUAUCGAGGGAAGUUGUACUUCAGUCCGAUGUGGUAUCUGACACUUUAUGUGCAUCAUUGAGCAAUCUUCUGUGUUACAAAGUAUCCAAACAGGUCUAUCAACGUUAUUCGAUACGGCUGUUGAUAAUUGACAUUGUGCGGAAAUGGUGCAGAGCUACGAGCAAUUUUGAUCAUUUGCAGAUCUUUACGUCUGAAAGGAAUGGCAUGAAAUAUGUGACUACUCUUUUGAACAAGUAUCUUACGGACGACGUUCUGAGUAACUGUUGCUCGGACGACGCCCUGGUGUCAUUGACCAGCGCUGUGAUGCAUCUGUCAACGGGAGAUCCGUCAUUUGCGCGUCACUUGGACAGAUUACUCGUGAGACUCUCGCGAUUCGAGACGAACGAUAAAAUCGAGAGGCUGCUGCGCAAUGCUCUGAGCACAGAUCUGCGCCUGAAAUUGUCCACAAAGGAGGAGAUAUAUCUAGCGAAGAGAUCGAACCUGAUAGAAGGACCUUUGCUCGACGGUUUCACGCGUAUGUUCUCCGACGCGAGUGAAGGGGAUCGCGCGGAGAAACGGCAGCAUGACGAGGAAACGCUGAAUCGUUUGUUAGCACUUAGCGCCGAAUCCACUCGUGUCUUCCAGAUGACGUUUAGCUUCUUGAAGGAGCUGCUGAUUCGGCUGCGGUACGCUCCCGCGGUCACAGACUUCACAGGCUCGUUAUUGAGUCGGGUGGCCGCUCAUUGUGAGCAACAGGACAAGGACAUGGUGGACUUGUAUCCCAGCAGACUGCGUUCCUGCGUGAUUCUGUUGAGGAUCAAGCCCGAGCAUCACACCGCGCGGAGCAAGGAAUACACGUUGCAGACCGUGAAGCGAAUUCAUCAUGAGAGCAAGGACGCUGCAUUAAUUCUGAUGUCUCACUUCCCCGAGUGGCUGGAACUCCUCUCGACUUAUGUCGCGAACGACGCGCUCAGUUGACCACCGUGGAGAGUAACCAUCGCGUCCUUUCAUCGUUGUUCAGUAUUCCCGAUUGUUGUAUGAUAUGUAUAUACCGCGAAGCGCUUAUACAUCUUUAUUUAUAUAUAAAUAUUUUGAGAGAAGAGAA